CAGACCGCCCGCCCCGCCCCGCUCCUCUUUCCUCAUUCCUCUCUCUUCUCCCCCCUCCCAUCUCUCCUCGCCUUCUUCACACAGCCCCCACCUCCCUCCUCCCCCCACAGCGCGCACGCGGCGCAGCCGAGAGAGCACGCGAGGAGGAGGAGGAACCCGGCGCUCGGAGCUCACAGGGCUCACCCGGCACCGUCGGGCGGCAGUGGCCUGGCCUGGCCCUGGCGCGUGCGCGCCCUGUGCGUCCGGGAGCUGUGGCGGCGCCGGCUCGGCUGAAUGCGAUGGACAGCUCCUAGUGGCUGCUUCAGUCAUGCACUUUCUGGCGGUCUAAUCUUUCCGAGGAGGUGCGGCAAUAUCGUAUGCCUUAUCAUCUGGCAUUGGCUUGCUUAGAUGUCGUUUCGUAGCAUAGCUCGUGAUGUUAGGGAUGGUUUCGGUAGCUUGUCGAGGCGGAGCUUUGAUGUGACGAUCGCAAGCCUUUAUGGUCUUACUGGGCACCACAAGGGGAAGGCUCAGAGUUCAUUGGAUGACUUCCUCAACCCAGCUCCUGUAAUUCAAGAGAGUCGGUGGGCAAGUCUUCCUCCUGAACUCCUCCAAGAUAUCAUACGGAGACUGGAGGCUGAUGAGAGCACCUGGCCAUCCAGGAAGCAUGUCGUCUGCUUCGCGGCUGUUUGUAAGACAUGGAGGGAAAUGUGCAAAGAGAUUGUGCUGAGCCCUGAGUUCUCUGGGAAGCUUACGUUCCGAGUCUCUCUAAAGCAGCCUGGCCCUCGAGAUGGAAUGAUUCAAUGUUUUAUAAAGAGGAACAAAUCAAAAUCCACCUAUCAGCUCUACCUGUGCCUUACCAAUGUUGUUACAGCGGAAACUGGGAAGUUCCUCCUAUCUGCUAAACGGAACCGCAAGACAUCUUGCACAGAGUAUGCCAUCUCAAUGGACUCUGCCAACACCUCAAGAUCCAACAGAACCUACAUUGGAAAGCUGAGGUCAAACUUCCUCGGCACAAAGUUUUUAAUCUACGACACGCAGCCCCCAUACAACGGGGCCGUAGUGCCACCCGUUGGAAGGAGCAGCAGAAGGUUCAACUCAACAAGGGUCUCUCCCAAGGUGCCUGCCGUCAGUUACAACAUAGCUCAGGUGACAUACGAGCUGAAUGUUCUUGGCACGAGAGGGCCUAGGCGGAUGCGCUGCAUCAUGCACUCCAUACCGGCCUCGUCGGUCGAGCCUGGCGGCGUCGUCCCCGGCCAGCCGGAGCAGAUCGUGCCUCGGGCCCUGGGCGACUCGUUCCGCAGCAUCACGUCCUUCUCGCAGUCGUUCCGCAGCAGCGCCACCUUCUCCAGGUCCAUCAUGGACCAGUCCAUGGACUUCAACAGCGCCCGCUUCUCGGAGAUCAGUGGCGGUGGGGUGACGGACGGCGACGGGGAGGGCGAGGUCAAGGAGAGGCCGCUGGUGCUCCGCAACAAGCCCCCGAGGUGGCACGAGCAGCUGCAGUGCUGGUGCCUCAACUUCCGCGGCCGGGUGACCAUCGCCUCCGUGAAGAACUUCCAGCUCACCGCCGCGUCGAACCCGCCGCCCGCCGGCGCCCCGACCCCCUCGCAGCCCGGCCCGGUGGACCCCGAGAAGGUGAUCCUGCAGUUUGGGAAGGUCGCGAGGGACAUGUUCACCAUGGACUACCGCUACCCUCUGUCGGCCUUCCAGGCGUUCGCCAUCUGCCUCAGUAGCUUCGACACGAAACUGGCCUGUGAAUAAUUUGUGACACCAAAGACCAAAGCGAAAGCGAAGAAAGAGGUGCCGGCGCAGAUGAUCAGACGACGUCGCCCUGGUUCCUUAGGUUGUUGUAGAUCGUGUUUGCGUUUCGCCGUCGUGUUUUUCCUUCUUGUAAUUGUGCUUGCUGCUGUAGUAUUGAAGAACUGGACGUAUCAUACAUGAAAAGCAUGUGAUUCUUGGCC